CCUUCAUGUAUCGUAGAAAAAUCCUUCACCAACGCCACCCCACUCCCCACCCUACUACCACUAUGCCUUCAACUGCGUGAGCCAAUAAGGAAACCACCACCGGAAAACUGAAAAUCUCGCCGGAAAAAGAAGCCUCCCCCAAUCCCACCACCAGCCUUCAAUUCAACUACUGUGAGCUCAUAAGGAAACGAUUGAAGCUAAAAAUCGAAGAAAAGUUGAAAAAACUCGCCGGAAAAGGGAGCGAUUUCCGGAAAUCAAAUUUGAAGUCUACGUAUCUCUUGGAGCCUGGAAAUCUACUCGGAAAGAAGACGAGUUCGAAAAUUAACCAGUGAAAUUUUUUGAAACCCUAGGUAUUUAUUUAGCCAGUAGUAUAGUGUUUUUAUACUUUGCCUGUGCCUGAGUCUGCGAGCGAGUUUCGCCAAUGGAGGCGACUCUGGCAUUGUCUCACCAUUUCAAUCCCCUAUUCUUCAGAACCAAACGCCUCAAUAGUGGAGGUGGGCAGGCUGUACACAAUCUGCAGUUGUAUCAUCGAUUACCAUUUUAUGCUCCAACACACAUUUCCCUGAAGACAAAUUCUUCAGGUUUCAACCGGAGGCGUUUUGUAUUGUUCAAUGAACCCUUUUUACCAAAAGAAAUCAAAAGAUCUUGUGCAUGUGUUUCGAAUCAACUCCAAAGUCCUGAAAUUGUUUUGCAACAAAAUGAUGAUGGGGCUUAUCUAACCAGUUCACAUGAUACAGAUGACUUUGGAACCUUGCAGUCCAAGCCCAAAAUGUUUAAAAAUCGCUUUUUGGACUUUGUACGCCUUGGUUCAGUCCUCAAUAAUGCUGCUGAAUCUUUUUUCAAGAGUGAAAUACGGCGGAGGUUAUUUGUGACAGCUGUGUUAAUUGUGAUCAGUCGUGUUGGUUAUUUUAUUCCUUUGCCAGGAUUUGAUAGAAGGUUGAUACCGGAGGACUACCUUAGCUUUGUCUCAGGAUCUGUUGAUGAACUCGGAGAUUUCACGGCUGAACUUAAGCUUUCCCUUUUCCAACUUGGAAUCAGUCCUCAGAUUGCUGCAUCAAUUCUCAUGCAGGUACUUUGUCACGUUGUUCCCACCUUGGUGAAGCUGCGGAAAGAAGGCUUGGAUGGUCACGAAAAGAUAAAGAGUUAUAUAUGGUGGCUGUCACUUGGCUUUGCUAUUCUGGAGGCUCUGAUUCUUGCUUGUUAUUCUCUUCCAUAUUCCAUCUAUGCAGCUAGUCACAGGGUGAAGCAUGUAAUGGUGACAAGUUUUCUUUUGGUGUGUGGUGCAAUGACUAUAACAUGGAUAUGUGACAAAAUAUCGGAAUCUGGAUUUGGUCAAGGAUCAUCUUUGAUUAUAUGUGUGGGAAUAUUGACUGGCUACACAGAUACAUUAUACAAGAUGUUAUCUCAGCUCACAGGGAGUGCUGUCUACUGGUGGCCUUAUAUACUUGCAGUAUUAGGUAUCUUCACUGUAGUCACUAUGUGGGCAGUUGUUGUAACUGAGGGUUGCAGGAAAAUUAAACUGCAAUACUAUGGUUUCAAACUUGCUUCUGCUACAAGAGAAGAAUCCCCAGUUACUGAAGUUGAGCCGUACAUUCCAUUCAAUAUUAAUCCAUCAGGAAUGCAACCCGUUCUCACAACUACCUAUCUGUUGGCAUUUCCCAGCAUCCUUGCAAGUCUCCUUGGUUCAUCUUUCUGGGAACAUGUCAAAGAGAUACUGAAUCCUGAGAGUUCUCUUGGUGCAGCUCCAUGGGUUUACUAUUCAAUUUAUGCAUUUUUUGUUUUCCUUUUCAACAUAUUUGACAUUGCCAACAUGCCCAAGGAAAUUGCUGAUUACUUAAAUAAGAUGGGUGCCAGAAUACCAAAUAUAAAGCCUGGAAAAGCCACCAUUGAAUACUUAACAAAGAUCCAAGCUUCUACACGUUUUUGGGGUGGCCUGUUGCUAAGUUUUUUGGCAACUACAUCAACUAUUCUUGAUCAUUACUUACGCCGUAUAAAUGAGGGAUUUGCGAUAGGGUUUACUUCAGUUCUUAUCAUUGUGGGUUCGAUAAUAGAAUUGAGAAGAUCCUAUCAGGCAUAUAAUGUAAUGCCGAGUUUAAGCAAAGCUUUACGGCGUUAUGGCGUAUGACUUAUGAAGAAACCUUCAUUUAAUAUUCAGAGGCAUUUUUUGAGCGGUGAUUGUUACUAAAUUUUUCUAAAUUAAGGUUUAGAAGAGUAGCUACUAUUGCAACUGUGUGAGCCCCACACACAUCAUGAAUGGGACGGUGAAAAAUGCAAUAGAAAAGUUGGUGUCCGUAGCAGGACUCUUGAAGCCUUUUGUAUUGGAUGCUGGCUUCUGUGUUAUUUUAGUUGAAAAAAACAUUGUUAAAUGUUCUGAAAUAUCAAAUGAAUGAGUUGUGGAAAGAAGAAAUUAGUUUGUAAUUCUAGUUAAUUAUAUAGUAGGGUGCGGAUUGUACAUGGCAGAAACUGUAAAGUAAUGUGUCUAGGGUUAAGGGAUUUGUCAUGAAUAAAUGAUGUAAUUUUAUCUCCUUACUGAAACUGUCUGCUAAUGCUGGGUUGACACUAGCGACAUGGCUGACUUGGGUUAGGCCAUUUGUAUCUCCAGCAAGAAGGCCCAGAGUCUGCUCUUUGGAGUCAUCUGUAACAAGCAUUUGAGCAUGAAAUGAACAGUAUGUUUGGAUUGAAUGAUUAGGAGAGAAAUGAAAAUAAUUCUGUUUC